AUGGUGAGCUCCUGGAACUCAAUGAGGACCAUUCAUAUUACAUUUUCUGUUCUCUUCUCUUUUAUACUUUAUUUUCAAAACAUGUCUGCGGUUCCUAUUAGACAUGUGUGUCGUCCUGAACAAAGGGAUGCACUUCUCAAGUUCAAGAACGAGUUUGAGAUUCGGAAGUCUUCUUCUGAUCUUGAUUGUUAUUAUGAUAAAGGUAGAGCUCCUUAUUGGAAGACGGAGUCAUGGGGAAAUAACAGCGAUUGUUGUUAUUGGGAUGGUAUCAGGUGCGAUGCCAAGUCUGGGGAAGUGAUCGAGCUAUACCUUAGCUGCAGCUGCCUCCAUGGCAGGUUUCAUUCGAAUACCUUUCAAAACUUUCCUUUUCUAUCUUCUCUAGACCUUUCACGUAAUGAUUUAUAUGGUCAAAUCCCAUCCUCCAUUGGAAAACUUUCUCAUCUCACCUCUCUCGACCUUACUAGUAAUCAUUUCUCUGGCCAGAUUCUGUCUUCAAUUGGAACUCUUUCCAAUCUCACCUCUCUCGCUCUUUCGGAUAAUCAAUUUUCUGGUCAGAUUUCAUCUUCAAUUGAAAAUCUUUCAAUUCUCACUUCUCUCACUCUUUCUGGUAAUCGGUUCCCUGGUCAGAUUUCAUCCUCAAUUGGAAACCUUUCACAUCUCACCUCUCUCGACCUUUCUUAUAAUCAGUUUUGGGGUCAGAUUCCAUCUUCAAUUACAAAGCUCUCUCGUCUGGAAACUCUUCACCUCAACGGUAACAGUUUCAAUGGUGAAAUCCCAUCUUCUUUUGGCAGUUUGAAACAGUUGACCUACUUAAUAUUAGAUACCAAUCAUCUCAGUGGAAACUUUCCCAUUGCACUACUAAAUUUGACAACGAUGUCGCUCCUGUGA